UUAUUCUUCUUCCUGUCAAACUUUUGAGAGUCCGUACAUCUCAAGCCUAUGCUACCACCCUGCUAAACUGUACAGUCACGUCGGCGCUAAUCGAUUCACAGCCAUGAUUCAUAUUCUCUUCGCUCUCAUACUCGCCGAGAUGGCAUUGAUCGUGAUUUUCGUGUUCAAAACCCCUCUAAGGAAGUUUGUUAUUAUGGGUUUGGAUCGAGUCAAGCGUGGUCAAGCACCGAUCGUUGUGAAAGCCGUUGGAUCGACUAUAUUCGUCGUGAUGAUGUCUAGUGUGUAUAGUGUGAUGCAGAUCCAUAAUCGCCGAAACAGAGACGACGACGGCGUUGGCGAACUUACUCCAACUGAUCAGAUUCUUGCAGCCAGACAUCUCCUUGAAGCUUCUCUCAUGGGAUUCUCGUUGUUUCUUGCACUAAUGAUCGACAGACUGCACCAUUACAUCAGAGAACUCCGCAUCAGAAGAAAGAACAUGGAGGCAAUCAAGAAACAAAACCGGAUCAUGGAAAACGGGAAAACUGGAAAUCAAGAUGAAGUGAAAGCUUUAGAGGACGAACUAAGUACCCUAAAAGACAAAAUUACACAUCUUAAAUCAGAACUUGAUGAAAAGACAAAAGAAGCAAGUGAUGCAGAAGCCAAUGCGACUGCAAUGAAGAAACAAUCUGAAGGGUUUCUUCUUGAGUAUGACCGUUUGCUUGAGGAGAACCAAAACUUUAGAGCUCAGUUGCAGUCAUCUGAACGAAGAUCAAGAGCUAUUUAGGGUUUUAUCACUUCUGUUAUCUAAUCUAAUACACUGGUUUCUUUCCUGUUUUUGAAAGCUUUUGAGUUUGUGAGUUUUUUGUGUAUGUGUUAUGCUCUCACCCCACAUAUUUGUUUGAUUUUUCCCUGUGAUAUAAAUGGUGGUAGAAACUAGUUAAUAGGUUAAGGGGAAAAAUACCAUCUGGUUUGUACAAGGAAUGAUUUUUGAUCUUUUCACAGAAAAAUGGAAGUUAACAUCAA